AUGCCGUCGGAUCUGGCGUACUGGAUCAUCUCCGUACCACUGGAAGACAACGAUCCGCACCGAAUGUUCUCCGAGCUCGGCAGCAAGCUCCUCUCUGACGGCGGAUCCGCGUCAUCCGAUUUCGGCCAACUCUCGUUCCCACCACUCAAAACCGGAACGCUCGAAUCGCUCAUCUCUCUCUCGGAAGACCUUCCGAAACUCGACACCACCUACACGCAGAUCGUCGUCAAGAUCAUCGACACGCUCCGUGCGCUGCUCAACAACGACGAAUCCGCCCUGGCCCAGCACGUGCUGAUCAACGAACAGAGUCUCGACGACUACAUGCUCAGCUGGUCGUGGAACACGCAAAAGUACCGCGCAGAUCGGAGCCUCCGCGAAACCGUCGAUAUGCUCGGCAAGGAACUCAACAGCAUCGACAGCGUCAUGAAGCAGAAGCUCGCCAACUACAAUUCGGCCAAGAGUCAGUUGCAACAGUUGCAGAGGAAGAAACUCGGAAAUCUCUCGCAGAAAAGCCUCGCAGAUGUAGUUCACAAGGAAGACUUUGUAGAUGCGCAGAGCGAGUACUUGGAGACGCUCCUCGUAGCUGUGCCCAAGAACAACGUCAAGGAUUGGCAGGCAAAGUACGAGAGGUUGACCAACAUGGUCGUACCGCGUUCGUCGCACAAGAUCGAUGCGGACAGCGAGUACGCGCUGUUCAACGUGACCGUGUUCAAGAAGGUCAAGGACGAGUUUGUGCAGAAGUGCAGGGAGAACAAGUUUGUGGUGCGUACGGAUUUCAGCUGGGACGACGAGCUGGUAUCGCGACAGCGCCAGGAGUUGGAGGAUGCGGGGGAUAGCGAGAAGGAGCUCUGGACCGAACUGCUCCGGCUCGCUAGGACGAACUUCAGCGAAGCGUACCAGGCACUGGCCCACCUCAAGAUCGUCAGAACGUUCGUAGAGAGCGUCCUUCGCUACGGUCUACCUGCAGACUACUUUGCCGUCAGCAUCAGACCCAACGCCAAGAGGUCAAAGGCUCUGAUGGCCACGUUGCAGAGCCACUUCAAGUAUCUGGAAGGGUACAACGAGAGUGGAAAGAAGGGUAAGAACAAGAAGGGUAGUAAGGCGGAGGCGAGUGUCGGGGAUGCACCGGGAGAGUAUGCGCAGCUGUUGGAGGAGGAGCAGUUUGCCUUUGUGCUGACAGAGCAGUAUAUGGUGGCGGUUUGA